GCAUGGUUAUAUAUAUCCAUGAAUCGGACACUAAACACAAUGACAUUUAAUGUUUGCAAUCAUCGAACUUCUUUUCCCUUUAGAGCUAAGAGAAUGAAAAGGUUGUUGAAGAUUUCGUUGAUGGUAAUAAGUUUCGUAAGCAUUAUUCCAUCGUGUUUAUUGAGUCAAAAUUUUCCAAAGGACUAUCUUGUAGGUCAUAAUGCUGCACGUGCUGAAGUUGGAGUUACGCCAUUGAAGUGGGACAAACAACUAGAAUCACAUGCUCAUGAGUUUGUGAAUGAACAUAUUGCAAAUUGUAGAGGACUAAUGUCUACGCCGCCUGAGUUUUAUAGUGGUAUCUACGGCCAAAACUUAGGAUAUAGUCCGUUUCGUGGUACAGCAGCAUCUGCAGUGGCGUAUUGGGUAGAACAGAAACGAAAGUAUGAGCCCAAAUCUAACAAAUGCAUUGAUGGUAACCCUGACACUUGUCAUUGCUACGUUCAAGUUGUUUGGGGUACAUCAACUUAUUUAGGUUGCGCAAGAGUUGACAAUACCAAUGGAAGAUUCACGUGGAAGUGGUCCACGAACUUGGCAAGACUAUGCCAAGCAACAAAGAUAAAAUAUGAGCGAAGAACAGAGACAGCAACACCUUGUCAGAAAGUGUGUCAGUUACGAGAGAGUAUUAGACGAGGAAAAUAAAUUAGUGGAACUAACAUGACAAGUCUAUUACAAGAUAUCACAAAUACACCCGCUCAUCAAUAUUCUGUAUCAGGUACUCUAAGUUAUACUUCCCAUUAAUAAAUUUAUGUUGUUAGUUUAUCAUUUAAGGUGAAUUAUUUU